CACAGGCGGGAGGUCCUGCUGCUUGUUCCCCCACCCUGCGCCCGGCCACGAACAGCACGGUUUUGGAUGGGUUCCCGUGGCUCCCCGGCGUCCUCCGCGCUGCAGGAGAGGGCUCGAUAAAUAGCGGCAGCUACAGCCUCCCUCCGCACCGCCUCCUCGAGCUCAGUCGGCUCUUCUCCCUCCAGCCUCGCUGAGAUCCCAGCUCGGCCCCAGCCAUGAGGUUCCUCUGCCUUGUCCUCGCCGUCUUCCUGCUGGUCUCCCUGGCUGCCCCAGGCUACGGGCAGGUGAGGAAGUACUGCCCCAAGGUCGGGUACUGCUCCAGCAAGUGCUCCAAGGCGGACGUGUGGUCCCUGUCCUCCGACUGCAAGUUCUACUGCUGCCUGCCGCCCGGCUGGAAGGGGAAAUAAGGGCUGAGGAAGGAGCCCCCGGGGACGAGGAGGCAGCUCGGUGGCUUUGGGAGCGGCUUCUCGACUGUCGAACCCAACUGUCAUCCCCUCCUCUCAGUAAAUAAAAAGAGACAAAAAGAUGUAACUCCCA